GGAGCAUGGAGUAACCAUAGGGCAGCGAGCCCCCCCUCUUGGUCCCAGCAGGACCCCUUGGAGGGGGGGUGGGACGGCCUACAAACCAAGCAGCUGCAAGAGGCGCCCGUCUGGAGCAUGAGAGUGGUAAAUGGAGUGCUUAUGAUGUCCAUGUCCAACCCCCCCCUUCCCCCUCCACCUGCCUUUCACUCAGUGGUUUAGCCUGGCCAGGUGAGGACAGGUUAGGAUGUGACACGGCACACACACUUUGCCACCUGCAGAGAUGUACGGAAGGGAAAACAUAGUUUUAGCAAAUUUUUAUGAAUGGCGUUUAUUAUUCUAUAAAUUAGCUUUGUUAGCAUUUAGUGUUGUUACCAUUGCCAGAAUGACAGGAAUACCUGACUGAUUGUGGCGUGACACAAACGUGAAGCAGAGCUCAAUCCAGCCUGGGUUUCCAGGCUACCCCUCAUCCCCCUGUCUGUCACCCCCACCGCAACCCUUUAGUCCUGACAUUGUGACAGGAAUCCACUUUGACGCUAACGCUCCGCAACAAGCCUCCUCAGUCAGUCAGUAACUGAUAGGUGUUAUGAAGGUGGACUCCUGUGGGAAGGACUAUCAGUUGUUCCUGUGUCAACACUCCAUUAACUGGCUGGCUUUGGCAAAGGCCUCUCUUUAUAACUUUAUAUAAAACUUGCCACAGACUUCCUGAUUUGAAGGACUGACUCGAAAGGGUGGGGGAACCAUAAUUAAGAGUGACUUUAGUGUCCAUGGGGAGAUGGAAAAGGGACAUGACCUAAAAAAUGUUAUCUCUCGCUCUCCCUCAGGCUUUUGUCAUCCAUAUAUUAUAAAGCAACACAAACAUUAUUUAGCAGGCAGUAGUGCUGAGAGAUUAGUGCUUUUUGAGGUCGUUUUGGUUCGAUUAUUCAAAAAAAAUAAAAAAUAAAAUCGGUUUCAAUAAAAUGUUUUUAUUAUGAAAUAAAGACGUUACAAUGAUUUAGAGCUUUUUAAUGGAUAUUCCAAAGCCAAAAAUAGUGAACAUUCAAUUGUCAGGUCCACAUUAGGUAGACAUCAAUAGAAAAAUAUGAAAUAAAAUAUUUAAGUUGUGUGUGUCUCAUCUCUACUCAGGUAGUAGCAGUCAGCCAGCCAGGUGUAUAUAAUGAUGAGAUGUUCGUGUCUCCGCCCUAACAAUGGGAGUCGUUGUCCCAAAGGCGGGAAGGCAGGCGCAAAAUCUUAGGUCCAAAAUAAGCCCAUAGAAACACAUUGGGAUUAUUUUGGACCGAUUUUGGCAAGAGUGAAAUCUCUCGCUUCGCCUCUUCCUCGCUGAUCCGUCUCUGAGCCAGCAAAAACUGCCGCAAUGGAUUAUGGUCAUUAUAGGUAAAAACCACGUUUCUGCCCCGUGUAGCUCAGUUGGUAGAGCAUGGCGUUUGCAACGCCAGGGUUGUGGGUUCGAUUCCCACGGGGGGCCAGUAUGAAAAAUGUAUGCACUCACUAACUGUAAGUCGCUCUGGAUAAGAGCAUCUGCUAACUGACUAAAAUGUAAAUGUAAUAUUUGCUUAAUGAAAACUACAACUCCCUUCCACCCAGCGUCCCACAUAGUUCUUGACAUGAUUUCUCAUAUUUCUCGUGAAUAAUUUGAUGUAUCUCUAGAGAAACAGCGCGAUGGGCUCAUAAUUAUUUUUUUUUUUACUAAAUGGAAUUCAAGUAAUUGAACCGACGUUGGUCAAUUAGUUGUUUAAUAACCAAAAAAAAAGGACAAAAAUAAUAUGUUGGUUAAUCGCUCAGCAUUAAAAGGUGGGCCAUUUUUAUGUCUCUUCAUGCAGUAUGAAGAACGUUUGAGGUACCAUACGCUACUGUACCUGUAGACUUCCAGUCAUUGCACUAAUGCUAGUGAGCAUUGGCUUGAGAAACUACCUCGAACUUCCUUCAUACUGCACUCAGAGACAUACAUUUUUUAUCCACGAGUUAAUCUGACUCUGGGUAUGUAGAAAAAUGUAAUUGUCAGAAUCUUGCAGUUUAAUUCUCUGUAUGCUAAUGUUCCCAUUUUGAAUUUGCUUGACAGUAAAUGCAUCUGGGAUGUUAAUAUUGUGUGUAUCGGUGGGGAAUUCCUUUAGGGUUUACUUUAGACUGCAGUAGAUGCAGGAGUGUGUUUUGUGAAAUGUGUUUAUUCUUCGUCAGUGAGAAGACGCGUGAUUGGCUGAUGACAUGUUAUGUCUUUCCCUCUACUUCCCUCUCUCUCCUUCCUCUUUCCCUCAUCUAACUGUUUCCCUCCUCUCUGUCUCUCUCCCCUUCUCUCUCGCUCUCUCUCUCUCUCUCUCUCUGUCUGUCUGUCUCUCUCCUCCCCCUCUCCCCCCUGUCUUGCUCUCUCCUCCAUCUCUCCCUCUUUUUCCCACACAGGGUCGUGGUUCAGGCUUCCCUGGAAGGCGGAGGCCCCGGGGGGCCAACCUGUCUGGGCGUGGGGGCCGCGGACGCUCCCGGGGACUCAAGGCCUACACCAGCUUUGCCGUGACCCCUGGGGUACGAGUCCUUGCCCCCCCCACCCUGCCCCCCCCUCUACUGCCUCCCUAAACCCCUCCUUCUCUCCCCUCUUCUGCAUACAUGAAUAAAACAGUGGCCAAAUGUGCUUAGCUUAGCCCAGAGAGCGCUGUCAUAAUAGCAAGAGCAGUGCACUCAAGCUUGGGAAAGCUUUUGGCAUGAGGGGUAGAAAUGCUAUUUUAUACAGAGCAGUGGGCAGGGCACUGACAUGUUUUUGCCUCUCACUAAAAACUGUGGGUGGUUGAUUGGGAAAAUGUGUCCAACAUGGAUUUAUAUACUGUCCAACGUGGAUUUAUAUACUGUACAUUGUGGGUCAAUGCUGUAUUGAGUGUACGAGCUAGAUAAUUUGAUUUUAGGUGAGAGCGCACACACACACACACACACAACCUUACACCCUCUCCCACCAAGCAAACAUGUCUCUACCUGGUUGAGUGUUAUUGGAAUCCUAUAUGGCAGGUAGGUAGGCAGGCAUUAAGUAAGACUGUAUUCAGAUCUGCUGCAGCCAGCCACUAGGCAGCAUGCUUGUUGACACGCGGGCGUCAUGGUAAUGCUGAUCUACUGAACCCUGCUGCGUGUUUGUCCCUGUGGGUGACAUGAUAAUAUAUCGACACAGUCUGGAGGUGUGACAUCUAGUCACAUGAGAACUGCUUCCAUAUCCUAGACCUAGAUCCGGCUUAUUCCUGGAAGAUGUUUUCUACCUCAAUUGAAAAAUACUGUACGGGACAAGGCACACUUUUUUUUUUUUUUAUCUCAGUGUUACAAAUUUUGCACGCAAUCUUACCAUGGGUUUUAAUUUCAAAAGACGAACAUUCAUUUGUUUUCUAAUCUGUUAAUUAACCGCUGCUUGUGUGUGUGUGUGUGUGUCUUGGUGUGUGUCCAGGCCAGUUUUGUGGAGCAGCCGUACGUGGUGGAGGAGGAGAGCACAAUGCAUAACACUGUGGUCAUGUUCUCAACCACAGACCACUUCACUCUCAGACAGGUCAGUUCCAACAUACACUCUAUAUACAAAAGUAUGUGGACACCCCUUCAAAUUAGUGGAUUCGGCUAUUUCAGCCACACCGUUGCUGACAGGUGUAUAAAAUUGAGCACACAGCCAUGCAAUCUUCAUAGACAAACAUUGGCAGUAGAAUGGCCUAACUGAAGUUCUCAGUGACUUUCAACGUGGCACUGUCAUAGGAUGCAAUCUUUCCAACAAGUCAGUUCGUAUAAUUUCUGCCCUGCUAGAGCUACCCCGGGUCAACUGUAAGUGCUGUUAUUGUGAAGUGGAAACGUCUAGGAGCAACAACUGCUCAGCUGCGAAUUGGUAGGCCACACAAGCUCAUAGAACGGGACCGCUGAAGCGUGUAGCGCGUAAAAAUCCUCUGUCCUCAGUUGCAACACUCACUACCGAGUUCCAAACUGCCUCUGGAAGCAACGUCAGCACAAGACCUGUUGGUUGGGAGCUUCAGGAAAUGGGUUUCCAUGGCUGUGCACAAAGCGAGGUCCAUACUGAAAUGGUUUGUCGAGAUUGGUGUGGAAGAACUUGACUGGCCUGCACAGAGCCCUGACCUAAACCCCAUCGAACACCUUUGGGAUGAAUUGGAACGCCGACUGCGAGCCAGGCCUAAUCGCCCAACAUCAGUGCCCGACCUCACUAAUGCUCUUGUAGCUGAAUGGAAGCAAGUCCCUGCAGCAAUGUUCCAACAUCUAGCGGAAAUCCUUUUCAGAAGAGUGGAGGCUGUUAUAGCAACAAAGAGGGGACCGAAUCCAUAUUAAUGCCCAUGAUUUUGGAAUGAGAUGUUCGACGAGCAGGUGUCCACAUACCUUUGGUCAUGCAGUGUACCUCACUAAAACGAUAGAGAAUUGACACUUUGUGCUGUCAGAGUCCUAGCUUAUGUGUCUCUGUGUUGCUUAAAGCAUCUUAACUCCCCUCACUGUCUCGCUACUGUCAAAUCCUGUUUGUCUUCCUUAGAAAAGGCUCUGUAUAGCAGUGGUGGCUGGUGACUUAAAUGAAUAAGGAGGACAAUAUGACUCUUCCUUCCCUGGCCAAUUCUCCUCUGCUGUAUAGGCCUAAAGCCUGUUAACAAUGUCUCAGAUACCCAAAUACUGUACUGUACAUAUCUGAAUAUACAUGCUGAUGAACAAAUACCCCAGCAAUGAGAGACAAUGACACAUAAAAUAUGCAUUUUGUAUAAUGAUGAUGCUAUGAUACUCUCCUCUUGGUCUUGUUGUACAGCCUGUUCACUACUCUCCUCUUGGUCUUGUUGUACAGCCUGUUCACUACUCUCCUCUUGGUCUUGUUGUACAGCCUGUUCACUACUCUCCUCUUGGUCUUGUUGUACAGCCUGUUCACUACUCUCCUCUUGGUCUUGUUGUACAGCCUGUUCACUACUCUCCUCUUGGUCUUGUUGUACAGCAUGUUCACUACUCUCCUCUUGGUUUUGUUGUACAGCAUGUUCACUACUCUCCUCUUGGUCUUGUUGUACAGCCUGUUCACUACUCUCCUCUUGGUCUUGUUGUACAGCCUGUUCACUACUCUCCUCUUGGUCUUGUUGUACAGCCUGUUCACUACUCUCCUCUUGGUCUUGUUGUACAGCCUGUUCACUACUCUCCUCUUGGUCUUGUUGUACAGCCUGUUCACUACUCUCCUCUUGGUCUUGUUGUACAGCAUGUUCACUACUCUCCUCUUGGUCUUGUUGUACAGCCUGUUCACUACUCUCCUCUUGGUCUUGUUGUACAGCCUGUUCACUACUCUCCUCUUGGUCUUGUUGUACAGCCUGUUCACUACUCUCCUCUUGGUCUUGUUGUACAGCCUGUUCACUACUCUCCUCUUGGUCUUGUUGUACAGCCUGUUCACUACUCUCCUCUUGGUCUUGUUGUACAGCCUGUUCACUACUCUCCUCUUGGUCUUGUUGUACAGCCUGUUCACUACUCUCCUCUUGGUCUUGUUGUACAGCCUGUUCACUACUCUCCUCUUGGUCUUGUUGUACAGCCUGUUCACUAGUCUCAUCUUUCCUGCUUUUUCCCUG